AUGAAUCCAGGUGAUUCAAAUUCAGCUACAACUUCUCCAGUUUCUUCCUUCGCUAGAUUCUUCAAGAAAUUAGCACCCCCCACCAAGAAAUCCCCGAAAGAUACAUGUGAGGCGUCCUUUUCAGCUCCGCUUUCUGGUGGUUCCGAUGACGAUAUUCAUCAGGUGUUUAAUUACUUUGACGAGAAUGGAGACGGGAAGAUAUCGCCUGAGGAGCUGAAGAACAGGUUGAAAGGGGUAGGAGGAGAGGAGCAUGAGUUAUCGGACGAGGAGGCGGAGAUGAUGGUGAGGUUAUCGGAUGCAGACGGAGACGGGAUGUUAGGGUUGGAUGAUUUCGCCAAGAUGAUGAAGGAAGGGGAGGAGGGGGAGUUGAGGGAGGCGUUUGUGAUGUAUUCAAGGAAUUCAUCUGUGAUCACGCCCAAGAGCUUGAAGAAGAUGUUGACACAGUUGGGGCAGUCGACCACCGUGAACGACUGCAAGGCGAUGAUAGGAAGAUUCGACGUUAAUGGAGAUGGAGUGCUGGAUUUCGAUGAGUUCAGGGCCAUGAUGAACUAA